UACAGGUUUAUUCCAUGGGCUUGGUUCCGGAGUGGCCUGUUAUUUUUCCAAGUAGCAGGUGAAAUAUCGGUCUCCAUCCAGUGUUACAAGAUGAAUAUGUAUGCUGUGCCCAGCCCGGGAAUACCAGGCUGUCCACCGGGAUUAGAAUACCUCACUCAGGUGGAUCAGCUACUCAUCAAACAGAAAGUUGAGCUUGUUGAAGCUCUUGUGGGUUUCGAGAGCAACAACAAGUAUGAAGUACGUAACGUCAUGGGUCAGAAUGUGUUCUACGCUGUAGAGGAGAAUGACUGUCUGAGUCGACAGUGUUGUGGCCCCAUGCGCUCCUUCACCAUCCACGUCCUCGACAAUUUUGGACAGGAAGUCAUCACCGUCACCAGGCCACUUAAGUGCAUGUCCUGCUUCUUCCCUUGUUGUCUACAAGAGCUGGAGGUGCAGGCUCCCCCAGGUAACACAGUAGGGUACAUUAUACAACAGUGGCACCCGUUCUCCCCUAAAUUCAUCGUUGCGAACGAACACAACGAGCCUGUACUGAAGAUCCAUGGGCCCUUCUGUGGAUGGAGCUGCCUUCCAGAUGUUGACUUUGAGAUUUUGACAAUGGAUGAAGUCAGUAAGAUUGGGAAAAUCAGUAAACAGUGGACGGGACUUCUUCGGGAAGCAUUCACAGAUUCAGACAACUUCGGCAUCCAGUUUCCCAUGGAUCUGGACGUGAGAAUGAAGGCUGUUAUGAUCGGCGCAUGUUUUCUCAUUGAUUUCAUGUUCUUUGAGACCACUAACUAGGAGCCAAACAGGAUUUCCAUGUAAGCAUAUAACAUUCCUGGAAGAACAAGGCCACAAAGCCAUGAUGAUCAGUCCCAAAUGCCCUACUACGAGAACAACCUUCAAAUGGAUAGUUUAAAGAAAGUACCAAAAUGUACCUAAAUGUUAUAAUUUUGCAUGAACAAUGAAAUAGAAGGUUUGUUUUAAAUCUUAGCUGCUCAGGUUGGUUGUUAGAACACGUCACUGAAUACUGGUCAAGGCUGUGAGAACACAGUGUAGUGUUUUUAGGGAACUUUUUCAUUUGUGUUUACAUUUCAGUGCUGGAGCCCAUCCGGGCCCAGAAGCCUCAGUUACUACUAAAAAGAACUUGAAUAGAGGGAUGACUUCGAUGUGCAAGUAAAUGAAAAGGGAACACAAUUACAGGCAAGUGCUGAAAGAGGGGUGUCACGAUGAUUUGAAAGCAAGUGUUAACCAAAAAAUAGCACUUGUUUAAUUUGGUGAUAUUGAUAAUGAAGAUGUUAAUUUAAGUAGAACACUAUGCUUGCAGCUAUAUUGUGUGAUAACUGAAGGACUCAUGUAAUGUAGUAGUUUAUAGUUCAGAUAUUCAAAGCCCCUAUUUAUUGAUUUAUAUUUCAGUCUGUUUAACAAUUUGUCAACGUAGAGCAAUGUGUGUGUGGGCACUGCUUUGUGCGUGUGUUUGUUUGCUAUGAGUGUACUUGUGUUGGUUUUAAAUGAAACAUAAAUAUCAUAGGAUACAAAGUAAUAUUUUCUAUGCCAUAAUAAUUAUGCAUUUUCAUCUCUGUAGAGAGGUUUUUUAUUUGGGAGUGGAUAAGGUUAAAGCUUGAUCUACUGUCCCAGUCUUGUCCACAAGAGGGGGCUAGCUUUUCAUUUAAGAAUAACCCAACACAGCCCAAAUGAACAAGCUCAAUACCUGUUUAUGCCAUAGGUUUUUAUUGAGAUAUAAGUGUCUGAUGACGUUGUAUAUUUUUGGACAAACUCAGGUUGAAAUGCAUGCUAUUGUAAUAUAGUGUUAGCUACUGCUGGCCCCAGGAAUUACACACCUGCAACUGAUACUAUGAAUAUGCUGAUAGAUCAAUUUUUUGGAGGUUUUGUACAUUAGAACAUGUUUUCUUCUAAAUAUCCAUAUUUUGCAUACAUGUCCUGGUAUAUCAACUUGAAUUUUGAUCUUUUUCACUGUUACAUUACACAUGGUGUUACGGCUGUACAUGUUGAAAAUACGCAAGUUAGAUGAAACAUUAAUUCCCUAUCCUGCAGUGCACCAAGCUUCAAUGUAAAAUUCAAUAUGAUUUAAUGAGUAUGGCCAUCAGUCUGAUCAUGGAUGGUAUACUCUAAAUUAAAAAAAUAUUGUAGCAAAGACAUAAUGUGCUACAUCAACAUUAGGGUCAUUAGGAGGUUUUUUUGUAACACCAUGACAAAAAGUGUUUUUCUUCCCAUGUAUGCAGUAUGUGGUUAAGGUACAGAAAAUGGGAAAAUGAGAAAACAAAAAACGUCCAUCUUAAGUCUUUUUUCAACAGAUAUUCAGUCUUAAAAAUGUUUAUUUUUAUAUAAAUAAAAAAAUGUUAUAAAUGGCCAGUUGGAAGAACAAUUUUUUUCAGUGAAAUCUUUAAUUUUCUUGUUUUACUCUUGUUUGUAGAAUUAGCCUACCAUAAGUGGAUUUGUCUUAACUUGAUUUUAAGACUAAAGAUAUGAACAAGGACUUAAGAUGGAUGCUUUUUUGGCAGUAUAUUCUGUUUUCAUGGCUUAAAUCGUUGAGAAAGUACUCAAUUUAAAUAAAUCUGACAUUCUUUCAAUUAAGAUUAGGCGGAUCUUUUGGCAUGUGGUAUUGGUAGAAUGUGUUAAUAGUAUAAGAUGCUGGUGCUACAUCCUAUAAAGGCUCUUUGAUUGUGUUUAAAAGCCAAAAAGUUACAUCAGAAUGUGGAACAAAGGGAAUCUAGCCAUUCCCAGACAGUCCUAUAUUUAAAAAAAACUGUUAAAAUACUUAUUCUUCUACUUUUGCACUAAUACUGUGAAUUAAUAAAUCAUUUAAUCAUCCAAUGAAUGCAAACUAACUCUGUGAGCUGAGCUUCAAUUGUGCAAAUAGUCCAUGGAAACACUUCAAUAAAAAAAAUAAUAUUGUGCUGCGUGCAGUUCUUCUGACUUUUGUUUUAUCUAAUCUCUAAAUCCAUCUAGCAUUAAAACCAUUAACAUUAGUAUGAUUUAAACACAGCAGUUCCCGGUGUUUGAAUCAUUUAUGCAAUUUUCUUCAGAAAUCUGAGUGUUAUUUUCUUUGGUGCAAAAAAUCUGGCUUGCAGAGUAGUUGAUUGGACUGAUUACAUCAUGCACAGAUGUCCUUGUGAAGGGAAACAUAAAAAAGGAAAUGAGAACGU